UGUACAUUUAUAUUAUAGCUUCAUGGUCGUUUUGUUAUUUUGUAUAGUUUGUUUAGUGUCCGUCUUUAUUAAAAGUAACAUGUAUUCAUAUCACGCUGCGCCUUGGUCUCCUCCAUUCAACGAACGUGACACUACCUACUGAAGCGCAGCUCAGAGUUCGUGGUAGUCGUCAUGUGACGAGGAGAGUCACGCGCUUUGGAUCCAGGAGAUGACUCACAGUUUUGGUAUACUCUCUUCGGUUAAUUGACUAUGGCGUCAGAGGAUACAGGUGUGCCUUUGGACUCAGCUGAGAACCUGGAGGACAGGAGAGCACAGGAGCAUAGAGCUACAGAGGGGCCAAAGACAGAGGUCCCAGCCAGUCCCAGCCAAGAUGGACCUCAGGUGACUGCAGCAGAGACAUUCUUCAAAGCACAAAGGACUCGGUUGGGCAACACGGCCUUCCAUCUACCACCAACCUACCGAAGCGCAGCUCAGAGCCAGGAGGAGGGAGCAGGUGUCUGUCAGUUCUUCCUGUUGGGAAAGUGUCGUUUUGGAAACAGGUGUCGUCGAUCUCACAGCACACCAACAUUAGACGACCCAGAGGCUGUUAUAGACCAGGAAAACAGGGAGGGAGAAAAAGAGGGGAAACUCGAGAAGAAAGCAAUAGGGAAUAAAACAAACCAGCCAAAAGACACAGAGGGAAAAGGAUCAACUAAGAAGCCCCGCAUGCGUACAGCUGAUGACGUCAUCUCUCGGAUCCUGUGGGACCCGUCGGUGGAGCCGGCGGACUUUGUGGUGGGGUACGUGGACCGCUUCCUUGGGGUGCUGGAGCGGCCCUUCUCUGAGUUCAACUGGGACACCGACCCCUGCGAUUGUGACUACUCCUCUGAGCUAGCCCUGCCCAGACACAGGAUUCAGUACUUCACCCACAGAGGGCGUAGAGUGUGGGACCGCAACAACAGGACUGACAGGGUGUUUGGAUCCACUGGACAGUGUCUGGCGCCCCCCUUUGGACAGGAGGAGGAGCAAGAGCAGGGGAAAGGGACACAAGAUGUUGAACAACAAGACCCAAAAAACGACCACCGUGAAUCAAGAGAAGAACAAGAUGGAGUCAACACUACAGGGGAGGGAGAAGAGAGUGACGAGUCCCUGAUAAAACAGGAUGUUGAAAACGGACACUUGGCAGAAAGAAAUCAGAGCAAGAUAAGUGUUCAGAUGCCUGAGUCGACCAGACCAGGCACAGGAAGUACUCCACUGAACCAACAGGAAGCAGGAAGAGAAUCCGAACCCUUGGAAGAGGAAGUUCUGAAGGAUUCCGUUUUAGUCGUCAUAGCAGACCAGAUGUCUCUAUCCCAGAGUGAAAGCGAGAGCAGGGGGGAGGAAGGUGAGAAGGAGGAAGAAUGGAAAGAUUACUGGGAUGGAGAGAAAGGCCCAGACCUAGCCCAGUGUCCUUCUGUGCCUGUGGAGCAGAGAACAGAGAGGGGUGGAGGCCGGCCUUCCAAACGUAAGCCCACCCACUUCAUCACCUUCCGGGCCAACACUCCCGCCAUCCUCUCCUCCUUCCAGCACCUUCAGGAGGAGCUCACCUCCCUCCUCCCCUCAUCCACCCCUCAUUGGUUGCCCCCCUCCUCCCUCCACGUCACCCUGUGUCACCUGGUCCUCCCCGGCCCAUCCGAGGUCACUGCCGCUGGGGAGAUGCUCCAACGCUUCGCCUACCUGGACCGCAACCCCCCUGUGGCCGUCUCCUUCCCCCUGAAACUGAAGCACUUUGGUGGGAAAGUUCUCUACCUGAGCCCCCAGCCUCAGCCCCACCUCCAGCAGCUAAAUGCUGGCCUACAGGAGGCCUUCAGAGAGCAGGGCUGGCUGCACAGGGACUCCUUUAACCCACGCUACCAUCUCACCCUGGCCAAGCUUUCUGAAGAUGGUGUACAAAACCGGAAGUAAAAGACACAACAAUGAAACUUAAGAACGGGAAGCAUAGAAAUAGCACUCAGAACAGAUCUACCACUUCUUAGAUUUCAAUGACAAUGACAUAUCUAUAACUCACAUUUCUAUGUGAAUUUGGUCCGCUUCCUAAAAGUUUCAUAUUGCAGCUUGAAAAUUACUCCAUUGAUUAAAAUAUGAAAUCCCAAUGUUCCUGAAGUGCUUCUAUCUGGACCAUGAUGAAGUAGCUGUAAUUGUAACGACUAAUUUACUGUACCAUGUUGUUUUAAGAAGAAAAAUGCUAUUGCAAACUCUUUGCAAUAAGGAAUUGAGACCAAAAGCUCAAGAGAAGUUUCAAGUGUUUAUUACCAAGAGAAUCCCCAUCCAUCUUCUGUUCUGGGCCUGACCCUGCUCUCUGAUCCUAGGCAAUUUCCUGUUAUCUGAUUAGGUCAACAACCUUUCUAAAUGAGCAUACACACAGUUUCAUGGCCUGAACUCUAUUAAUACUCACAGUAAUCAUUCACUACACAGGAUAUAAACAAACUACAGUUUAACUUGAAACAUGUUACAUUUUAAUAGAAUCCAUCAAUGUCUAUAGCUUUCACAUUUCAUUUAGCAGACUUUAAUACUGAUGGAAUAAUGUAAUGUAUUUAAUAUAAUAAUGGCUGAAAUAUUAUCUUUCCAUCAUGGUAACUGCAUCUCAACCAAUUAAUUCUUACUUUGUGGCUACAAAGAUGAUUUUAUAAUUGUAAUAAGAUUAAUUUAAUAUGAAUAUUUUAAUAUAAUCCAACAGAAACCCACUGAUUUCUGCUAUGUUCAUCAUGUAAAAUGUCUGCUUUUACAAAGAAUUAUGACUUUUUGGAUUUGGAUUGCCAAGGACAUUAAAUAUUGAACUUGUAAUUUU